AUGCUUAACAAUAUGGAUUUGAACUCUCAAGAUUCGUUCUACUCUCAGCUCGACAACUGUCACAAUUCUACUAUUAGACUGGAAACUCGCGGCUCGAAAGACAGCCAGGAGGAUUUCAUGGAUUCUGGAAGGACAGCACCUGCUCAGUUUGCACACGCAGGUGCGCCUAUCACCCCCAAAACGGAGCCCACAAGUAGUACAGAUCAGUAUAACUCUUGUCACGGUCCUAAAGAAAGCUACUCAAACUCCUUGUCGUACUCGGGCAGUUUCUAUGUAGAAACAUCUCAAGGAGCGCCUUGCAGCACGGAGACAUUACUCAACAUGAUAACCGAAAUCGUUGGUAUCUCAACAACCCCCGUGUCGGAUGCCCAUCAGUGUGCAAACGACCCGAUGAACACCAGCCAUUCCUCUGUGGACAGCGGCUGUAGCAGUUUUGGAGACGAAGUGGUCCACAGACAGGCCUCCACGUGCCCGAUUGGCAGCGCCACCCCGCCGCUGUAUUCCCCGGGACAGCCAAGCCAUAGUUACCCGGACUCCCAGACCACCACACAGGCCCAAGGCUCUGCUGCAUCGAAUUUGAACUUUUGCUCCUCUGCGCAACAAUCCACCCAUGACGCCGAGUCCGCAACGUUCCCAGUGGCGAUCAAAAAUGAAUUCGAGAGCAGCUGUUACGAGUGGGGAGCAUUUAACAAAUCUGAGAACUAUUUGGAUGCUGGCUUCCAGUCAGAGGCAUUCACAAUGCCUACUAGUUUUCCAACCGAUCAACAGGUGGACGUAAAAGAGCUUUUGGACUCUUAUUCCCCAAUUUGCCCAAACCCAGAGAUUGAAUUCAAAGUGGAGAGCACCCUUAAACAAGAGCAGUGCUUCGGCGAUGCAUGCACACAAGGUUUCAACACCUCCAUGUUUAACUAUUCUGCUCCAAUUAUGGAUAUCCCGUCCAACAGUCUUUUGAAACCGAGCAUAUUUCCAAAUAUUGAACUCCAAUCCAGUUGCGACACAACCUACUCGACCUCAACAAUAGACUCCGUUCUGUAUUCAUCUUUAUUGCCGGAGUCUUUCAGUCAAACUUACACACGGGCUCAGAAACCCAAUCGAGCUAGAAAGAACCCUGCCUCCUCUAACGGGCCGGCCAAGGAGAAACCCUUCACAUGUCCCAUGGAGACCUGUGACCGGCGCUUCUCUCGAUCGGAUGAGCUCAACAGGCACAUCCGUAUCCACACGGGACACAAACCCUUUCAGUGCCGAAUCUGUUUGCGUAGCUUCAGCAGAAGUGACCAUCUGACCACGCACACUCGGACUCACACGGGUGAGAAACCUUUUUCUUGUGAUGUAUGCGGCAAACGCUUUGCCAGGAGCGACGAAAGGAAGCGGCACGGCCGCGUGCACCUCAAACAGAAAGAAAAGAUGGAGUUGAAGCCACAAGUAGUUAAUGCGUGGCCAUUUACUUUGCCCGAGGCCAUCUGAGCCCGAAUUGUGAAGGGCAUGUGAGCUCUUGUUGUGCGCAAUGUUAAAUCUUACCGUCUUGGAAGAUUAAAGCUUUCUAAAACAGUUCAUUAAGCCAUAGAUUACGACUCCAAAGCUCGACAUGAACGUUGUGGCAACUGUUGCAAGCGACCCGUAUGAGCGUAAAGGUCCAGUGAGGUGUCGGGUCGCGUUGUCAUGAAAAGCGCCUGAUCGGGGGACAUAAUUUUAAAAGUGG